AUGAACUACGACUACUUGACAGACGAGCAAAAGCAGCAGCUCUACUUUCAGCACUUGCAACAGCAACAACAGCAGCAGCAACAGCAGCAACAGCAACAUCAAAACUACUCUGGCUAUGAGGAGCAGUCUCACUUCCAACAGAACCAGCAGUUCGAAUCCAAUGAUGACAGCUUUAUGGACGAGGACACUACUAUCCAAAACCCUCCUUCCUCCACCGCUUUCGAAUACAACAACUCGCCCAUCAGAAAACAUGAAGACAACAUAGCACCCCCCGCCUCUCAGCUGGCAUUUAUGGGUGCCUCUCCGAAGUUCCUGAGUGACAGCCAUUUUGGCGAUGAUCGUGUUCUUGAUGACUACGAGGGAAAUGGCUUCAACGGGCCCCACCUGAACGGCGCAAACAGUAACGUCGGCAACAAAUUCACUUCUAUUGAUUCAUUGAGCUUCAAACCUCCAACCAAUUUUACUCAGUUAAACAACAACAGUAGCACCAACGUUUCAGAAAUCAGCAAUUCUAAUUCAUUGACAAAUUCGUUGUUGUCUAAUCACAGUAACACAAACAUUUUGAAUUAUGGUGGCCCUCAUGGUCAACAAGGAAAUAUCAAAGCAUCUAACUAUGUGUAUUUCAAUAGAAAUCCCAAUUUCUUGGGAAAGGAUACCCAAGAUAGAGCAGCAGCGAUCAAAUUGAAGAUGGAGAACUAUUACCAAAUGUCCGUUAGUCAUGCAAUAGAAAGAAACCAAAGAAGAUUAGAUUUGGAACAUAAAUUGAUGACAGAGGACGUUGGUGCAAGUGAGGAAAGAAAGAACAGACAAUUACAAAGUUUGGGCAAAAAGGAGUCACAAUUCUUGAGAUUGAGAAGAACCAAAUUGUCCUUGGAAGACUUUACAACUGUCAAGGUUAUUGGUAAAGGUGCCUUUGGUGAAGUCAGAUUAGUCCAAAAGAGAGACACUGGUAAAAUCUAUGCCAUGAAGACCUUGUUAAAGUCUGAAAUGUACAAGAAAGACCAAUUGGCACACGUCAAAGCAGAAAGAGAUGUUUUGGCAGGUAGUGAUUCUCCAUGGGUUGUGUCUUUGUACUAUUCGUUCCAGGAUUCGCAAUACUUGUAUUUGAUUAUGGAGUUCCUUCCAGGAGGAGAUUUGAUGACCAUGUUGAUCAGAUGGCAAAUUUUCACCGAAGAUAUCACCAGGUUCUAUAUGGCUGAAUGCGUCUUAGCAAUAGAGGCUAUCCACAAGCUUGGGUUUAUCCAUCGUGAUAUCAAGCCCGAUAACAUUUUGAUUGACAUUAGAGGACAUAUCAAACUCUCGGAUUUUGGGUUGAGUACCGGAUUUCACAAGACGCAUGACUCUAACUAUUACAAGAAAUUGUUAGAGAAGGAAGGGCCAGGUAGCCACUUGCAACCAAAUCAGUUGACUAGUAAUCCUAAUGGAAGAAACUCGAUGAUGGUGGAUGCCAUCCACUUGACAAUGUCGAACAGACAACAGAUGCAAACAUGGAGAAAGUCGAGAAGAUUGAUGGCUUAUUCUACUGUGGGUACCCCUGACUACAUCGCACCCGAAAUCUUUAUCCACCAAGGAUACGGCCAAGAGUGUGACUGGUGGUCACUCGGAGCUAUCAUGUUUGAAUGCUUGAUCGGAUGGCCACCAUUCUGCUCCGAGACUCCACACGAGACGUACCGGAAGAUUUUAAACUGGCAAGAGACCUUACAGAUUCCUGAGGAUAUCCAUUUGUCACCCGAAAGUGAGGAUUUAAUUCGCAAGCUUCUCACCAACAGCGAAAACAGAUUGGGAAGAUACGGGGGCGCGGACGAGAUAAAGCAACACCCAUUUUUCCGCGGGGUCGACUGGGACACUAUUCGCAAGGUGGAUGCGCCGUUUAUUCCCAAGUUAAGAUCUAUCACCGAUACCAGAUUCUUCCCCACAGAUGAGUUAGAAAAUGUUCCGGAGUCGCCUGCAUUGAGUAAGGCCAUGGAGCAGAGAGAACAAGAGGGUCCUGGCAAGAAGAAUGCCAAGGAAGACCUCCCUUUCAUCGGAUACACAUACUCUCGGUUCGAUUAUCUCACCCGAAAGAACGCAUUGUGACCACUUCCCAAGUCCUUUGCGGAAGUUGCUGAUCAACGAGUCGCUUUACGUGAAUUUAUGUUUCAGACACUUUAUGCUUUAUGUAGAAACCGCCUCAGCCACUUUGGCUGCUACGAAUUCUUGAAGCGUUUUAUUUGGCAUCUGUAUCUCCGUACUGUAGGAGUGUAUCUUCAUGAACUUCACAUGCGCAAGACUAUAAUUAUCUCCGCUAUUAAUAGUGGCUCGUAGUUUAUCUAGCUUUCGACUGUGCUCUUAGUCAUGAUUACUACAUAAGAAUAGCUCUAUGGAAACGGAGUUAAUAGACGGAACAUUUCUAGUUUGUGGUGAUAUAUUGCAUCCUCAGCCACAAUGGCUGCGACAAAUCCGUAAUCAUCGUGGCUAUAUCGUGCUUCAGGAC